AUGUUAGGAAAUUAUGCUUUAUAUGAUAUUUCACAAAAAGAAUAUACAGAUCAUCAUCUUAUUGCAAGAUUAUAUUCCUUAGAAGCAAUUCUAAGGGAGCAUACUAUCAACUCAAAUUUUCUUGAUGAGUUAGAACCGAAUGAAAUAUAA